CUUUAAGGGGCUGGGCCUGCAAGGCUGCAGGGCGGGCGGGGUGCGCGUUGCUCCGGGAGUGUGUGAGGGAGAGAGCGACGGGCGGUUGCCGGAGGGAGGGAGUGAGCGGGCAAGCCAGCCAGCCAGCGACGCGGGCCGCCCCUGCCCCGCCGCCGCGAUCGGACCAGCGGCCUCCUCCCCUCCGGUCCCCUCCCCCGCAUCGGCCUGCCGCGGGGAGGGGGCUAGCGUCGCCGCCUCCAGCUGCUCCUCAUGAAGCAGCUGCCGUCGCAGCCGCCACCGAAGAUGGGGGAUUUCUACGAUCCCGAGCACCCGACCCCUGACUUCAGAAGGCUCAUUUGUAGCAUUGCAGAGGAACAGAGUGGAAACCUGAAGACUUGUAAAGAAGCUAGUAAUCCAGAAGAAAGUUGCUGGUGGCUUAUUCCAAGAGAAGAAGAAAAUGAGGCAAAGAUUGAAAAUGUGCAGAAAACAGGUUUCAUCAAAGGACCAAUGUUCAAAGGUGUUGCUUCUAGUCGAUUUUUGCCCAAAGGCACGAAGACAAAAGUUAAUUUGGAGGAACAGGGACGACAGAAGGUGUCAUUCAGCUUCAGUCUUACAAAGAAAACUUUACAGAACAGGUUUCUCACUGCACUUAGCAAUGAAAAGCAAAGUGAUUCUCCAAACUCCCCAGCUACAACUCUUCAAGUAGACUCAAGCCCUAAAGUUAAAAUGGACACAGGAGAUACUUUUCCUACUACAGAAGAAUCUUCCCCACCAAAGUCAAGAGUGGAAUUGGGUAGAAUUCAUUUUAAGAAACAUCUGCUUCAUGUGACAUCCAGGCCACAGCUGGCUACAGCCACAGCGGUAACAUCUCCCCCUCCUGCUCCAAUACAGUUACCAGCAGUCAUAGCAGAAUCAACUGUAGAUUCACCACCUUCAUCUCCACCUCCACCGCCUCCACCUCCCCAAGCCACAUCACCCUUACCACCAGCACCAAUAUCAGAGCCAGUGGCCUUGCCACAGCCCCCAGAAACAGUUCUAAUGACUGCACCAGUGGAUGGAGUUCAGAAAGAGUCACCAGUUAAAACUGUACCAGAAUCUUUAGAGGUGGAUAUGAAGCAGGAAAUUGUAUCUAACAGUUUGGAAGAACACACAAUUCAAACUUUGAAACAACAAGCAGAUAAUCCCCUGCAAAGAGAAGAUUCCCAUAUUGGGAAGGAAGAAGAAGUUUCAGAUGGUUCUAAGAUAAGCCUCAGUUCUAAAAAAGGGAGUUCUAAGAAGAAAUCAUCACAAUUUGAAGGCACAUUUCUUGGUUCAGAAUCUGAUGAAGAUUCUGUACGGACUUCCUCCAGUCAAAGAUCACAUGAUUUAAAAUCUUCCAUCGAGAAGGAAAGAGAUUUUAAAAAGAGCUCAGCACCUUCAAAAAGUGAGGAUUUGGGGAAGUCAUCGAGAUCUAAAACAGAGAGAGAUGAUAAAUACUUUAGCUAUUCAAAACUUGAAAGAGAUACUCGGUAUGUAUCUUCUCGAUGUAGGUCCGAAAGAGAUCGAAGGCGGAGCCGAUCUCGUUCUAGAUCUGACAGAGUCUCUAGAACUAGUUUGUCUUAUUCUCGGUCAGAGCGAUCUCAUUAUUAUGAUUCUGAUCGACGCUACCAUAGGAGUUCCCCUUACCGUGAAAGGACACGCUAUUCUCGGCCCUAUACAGAUAACAGGGCACGGGAGAGCUCAGACUCUGAAGAUGAAUAUAAGAAGUCAUAUCCAAGGCGCACCUCAUCCCAUUCCUACAGAGACCUGAGGACAUCAUCAUCUUACUCUAAAUUUGAUCGGGACUGUAAAACUGAGACCUCUUACUUAGAGAUGGAGAGAAGAGGAAAGUAUUCUUCAAAACUAGAAAGAGAAUCCAAGCGGACUUCAGAGCAUGAAUCCAUAAAAAGAUGUUGUUCUUCCCCAACUGAACUGGGAUUCCGACGGGGGUCCUCCUAUUCUAAGCAUGAUAACAGUGCUUCCCGUUACAAAUCUGCCCUUUCAAAACCCGUAUCCAAGUCUGAUAAAUUUAAAAAUUCUUUCUGUUGUGCAGAAUUAAAUGAGGAAAGCAAACAAUCGCAUUCUUUUAGUUUGCAGACUCCUUGUUCAAAAGGUAGUGAAUUAAGAACAAUUAAUAAAAUUUCUGAAAGAGAAAGGACUGGGUCUCCAUCUCCAUCAAAUCAAUUAAAUGAUUCACCUACUUUUAAAAAGCUAGAUGAAUCUCCUAUUCUUAAGACUGAAUUUAUAGGCCAUGAUAGCCUUGACAAUAUUAAAGAAUUAGAGUCAUUAUCAAAAGUGAAAAAUGAUCAGUUAAGAAGUUUCUGUUCUAUUGAAUUAAAUAUAAAUGGAUCUCCAGAGACAGAAUCUGAUAUGGCAACAUUUUGUGUCUCUAAAACAGAUGCUAUUUCAAUGACUUCUGAUGAUAGUGUGACUGGAUCAGAGGUAUCCCCUUUGAUCAAGGCUUGCAUGCUUUCAUCAAAUGGAUUUCAGAACGUUGGUAGAUGUAAAGAAAAAGACUCAGAUGAUAGCUGUAGGCAGCAUAGUAAGUCUAAAAGUCCAUUAAGGGAAACAGAACCUUCGUUGUCACCGCACCAUGAUAAACUCACGUCUUUGCCAGGUAAGACUGUAGAAUAUUCCAAAACAUUAAUUAAAGAAUCAAUUGAUAAGAGACGUUCUUGUUACAAAACCAAAGAUUCAGAUAGAUGCUGUUCUCCAGUUGAGAACUCUGAAGCUGAAAAUAUUGAACCUUCGGUUAUGAAGAUUUCUUCAAAUAGCUUUAUGAAUUUGCAUUUGGAAUCAAAAACAGUUAUAUGUGAUAAUAGAGAACCGACAGAUCAGCACUCAAAAUUUGCAUGUGAUGAAUAUAAGCAGAGCAUUGGUAGCACUAGUUUAGCCUCACCUAACCAUUUUGAUGAUUUGUAUGAGUCUGUAGGGAGCUCAGGUGUUGUUUCAUCUUUUCAGAGCCUUCCGCCAGGAAUAAAAUGUGACGAGAAUACAUCUUCAGUUCUAGAUGCAGUGCAGAGUAAAAAAAGCACAGAGUUUUUAAAGUAUGUAGGGAAAGAAACAGAAGUGGGUAGUGCCCUUCCUGAUUCAGGAAAGGGAUUUGCAUCUUGGGAAAACAGGCACAAUAAUGUAUUAUCUGGGCAGUCUUUGCAAGAGGCUCAAGAAGAAGAGAAUUCCAUAUUGCAUGAUAGAAGAGAAAGAGCAGAAAUAUUAGAUGAGGAAGAAGGAAGAGGACGUACACAUACUUCUGAUGACUCAGAGGUUGUAUUUUCUUAUGAUUUGAACUUAACCAUGGAAGACAGUGAUGGUAUAACGUACACCUUAAAAUGUGACAGUAGUGGUAAUGCUCCUGAAAUUAUAUCUACUAUCCAUGAAGAUUAUUCUGGAUCUUCUGGAAGUUCAAGUGAUGAAAGCGAUUCAGAAGGUACAGAGUCUGAUGACAGCAGUAUCCCAAGAAACCGUCUCCAGUCUGUUGUGGUUGUGCCAAAGAAUUCUACUUUGCCCAUGGAAGAGACAAGUCCCUGUUCUUCUCGGAGCAGUCAUAGCUACCGACAUUAUUCUGACCACUGGGAAGAUGAAAGAUUAGAGUCAAGGAGACAUUCAUAUGAGGAUAAGUUUGAGAGUAUGUCAAGUAAAGGCUGUCCUCAGACUGACAAAUUCUUCCUUCAUAAAGGAACAGAGAGGAAUUUAGAAACUUCUUAUUCACAGUUCAGCAGAAAAGUAGAUAAUCACCUACCUGAAAUUACUCAUUCUCAAAGUGACGGGGUUGAUAGUACAAGUCAUACAGACUUGAAAUCUGACCCUCUAGGUCACCUAAAUUCAGAGGACACAGUAAGAGCCAAAACAUCUAGGUCACAAGAGCUACCACUUUAUUCUGAUGAUUUUGAAGAUAUCCCAAGUAAGUCUCGGCAACAGAUAAUUUUCUCUAAUAGGCCUGAUAGUAGUAGACUAGGAAAAACAGAGAUGAACUUUUCUUCCUCUUGUGACAUUUCUCGUAUGGAUGGCUUGCACGCAUCAGAAGAGCUCAGAAACGUAGGGUGGGACUUCUCCCAACAAGAAAGGCCCACUAGCACAUACCAGCAACCUGACAGCAGCUAUGGAGCCUGUGGUACACACAAGUAUCAACAAAAUGCUGAACAUUUUGGUGGGACCCAUAAUUACUGGCAAGGCAAUGGUUAUUGGGAUCCAAGAUCAGCAGGCAGACCUCCAGGAACUGGGGUUGCUUAUGAUCGAAUUCAAGGGCAGGUACCGGAUUCUUUAACAGAUGAUCGGGAAGAAGAGGAGAGUUGGGAUCAGCGAAGUGGAUCACAUUUUUCAAGCCAGUCCAAUAAAUUUUUCUUCCAUCAAAAGGACAAGGGAUCAGUGCAAGCACCCGAAAUAAGCAGCAAUUCAACUAAGGAUUCUUUAGUUACAAAUGAAAGGAAAGAUUUUUCAAAAAACUUUGAGAAAAAUGACAUAAAAGAAAGAGGACCUCCUAAAAAACGAAGGCAAGAAUUGGAGAGUGAUUCUGAAAGUGAUAGUGAGCUACAGGCUAGAAAGAAAGUUAGAGUGGAGAGUGAGCCAGGAGAGACCUCAGCGCCGCUCCACUCGGGGCUGAUGGGGCCUUCAUGUGCAAUGGAUGACUUCAGGGACCCACAGCGGUGGAAAGAAUUUGCCAAGCUGGGAAAGAUGCCCUGUUACUUUGAUCUUAUUGAAGAAAACGUUUAUUUAACUGAAAGAAAGAAGAAUAAAUCCCAUCGGGAUAUUAAGCGGAUGCAGUGUGAGUGCGCACCUCUCUCCAAAGAUGAGAGAGCUCAAGGAGAAGUAGCCUGUGGAGAAGACUGCCUUAAUCGUCUCCUCAUGAUUGAGUGUUCCUCUCGAUGUCCAAAUGGAGAUUAUUGUUCGAAUAGACGGUUUCAGAGAAAGCAGCAUGCAGAUGUAGAAGUUAUACUUACAGAAAAGAAAGGCUGGGGCUUACGAGCUGCCAAGGAUCUUCCUUCGAACACCUUCGUCUUGGAAUACUGUGGAGAGGUACUUGACCAUAAAGAGUUUAAGGCGCGGGUAAAAGAAUACGCACGGAACAAAAAUAUCCACUACUAUUUCAUGGCUCUGAAAAAUGAUGAGAUAAUAGAUGCCACUCAAAAGGGGAAUUGCUCUCGUUUCAUGAAUCAUAGCUGUGAGCCAAACUGUGAAACCCAAAAAUGGACUGUGAAUGGACAACUGAGGGUUGGAUUUUUUACCACCAAGCUAGUUCCUUCAGGUUCAGAGUUAACAUUUGACUAUCAGUUCCAAAGAUAUGGCAAAGAAGCUCAGAAAUGUUUCUGUGGGUCAGCUAACUGCCGGGGUUACCUGGGAGGAGAAAACAGAGUCAGCAUCCGAGCAGCAGGAGGGAAGAUGAAAAAGGAGCGCUCUCGAAAGAAGGAUUCAGUGGAUGGAGAGCUAGAAGCGCUGAUGGAAAAUGGUGAGGGCCUCUUUGAUAAAAACCAGGUUCUCAGUCUAUCCCGGCUCAUGGUUAGAAUUGAAACUCUGGAACAGAAACUUACUUGUCUCAAGCUCAUUCAGAAUACACACUCUCAGUCCUGUCUCAAGUCAUUUCUGGAGCGUCAUGGGUUGUCGUUGCUGUGGAUCUGGAUGGCAGAGCUUGGUGAUGGCCGGGAAAGUAACCAGAAACUUCAGGAAGAGAUUAUAAAGACGUUGGAGCAUUUACCUAUUGCUACUAAAAAUAUGUUGGAAGAAAGCAAAGUACUUCCAAUUAUUCAACGCUGGUCUCAGACCAAGACUGCUGUCCCUCAGUUAAGUGAAGGUGAUGGAUAUUCCAGUGAGAAUACAUCACGUGCUCACACACCGCUUAAUACACCUGAUCCUUCCAUCAAGCUGAGCACAGAAGUGGAUACAGAGACUCCCAAGAAACUCAUGUUUCGCAGGCUUAAAAUUAUAAGUGAAAACAGCAUGGACAGUGCGAUCUCAGAUGUGACCAGUGAGCUAGAAUGCAAGGACGGCAAAGAGGACCUUGACCAGUUAGAAGCUGUCACUGUAGACGACGAUGACGACUUGCAGUCACAGCCGCUACUCGCACGACAGCUGUGUGAGUCCAGAGUUGAGAGUGAAACUAGCAUGGAAGGGAGUAAAUUACCCACGUCUGAACCAGAGGCUGACGUCGAGGCAGAGCUCAAAGAAAGCAGUGGAACAAAACUAGAAGAAACUAUUGCUGAGGAAACACAGUCCCAAGAUGAAGAGGAGGGUGUGUCUGAUGUUGAAAGUGAGAGGAGCCAAGAACCACCUGAUAAAACAGUGGAUAUAAGUGAUUUGGCCACCAAGCUGCUAGACAGCUGGAAAGACCUAAAGGAGGUAUAUCGAAUUCCAAAGAAAAGUCAAACUGAAAAGGAGAGCACAGUAACUGAACGAGGAAGGGACGCUGCUGCCUUCAGAGAUCAAACCAUUCCAAAGACUCCUAACAGGUCGAGAGAGAGAGACCCAGACAAGCCAGCUCAGAAUAAAGAGAAAAGGAAACGAAGGGGCUCUCUCUCACCACCAUCUUCUGCCUAUGAACGGGGAACAAAAAGGCCAGAUGAUAGAUAUGAUACACCAACUUCUAAAAAGAAAGUACGAAUUAAAGACCGAAAUAAACUUUCUACAGAGGAGCGCAGGAAGUUGUUUGAGCAAGAGGUAGCACAGAGGGAGGCUCAGAAGCAACAACAACAGCUGCAGAACUUGGGGAUGACAUCACCACUACCCUUUGACUCUCUGGGCUAUAAUGCCUCUCAUCACCCCUUUGCUGGCUAUCCACCAGGUUAUCCCAUGCAAGCUUAUGUGGAUCCCAGCAACCCUAAUGCUGGAAAGGUGCUUCUGCCCACACCCAGCAUGGACCCUGUGUGCUCUCCUGCCCCUUAUGAUCAUGCUCAGCCCUUGGUAGGACAUCCUACAGAAUCCCUUGCUGCUCCUCCAUCAGUGCCAGUGGUGCCACAUGUGGCAGCCUCUGUGGAAGUUUCCAGUUCACAAUAUGUAGCUCAGAAUGAAAGUGUGGUACACCAAGACUCCAAUGUUCCUGUAAUGCCAGUACAAGCUCCAGGCCCAGUCCAAGGACAGAAUUAUAAUGUCUGGGAUUCAAACCAACAGUCUGUCAGUGUACAGCAGCAGUACUCUCCUGCACAGUCUCAAGCAACCAUAUAUUAUCAAGGACAGACAUGUUCAACUGUCUAUGGUGUGACAUCUCCAUAUUCACAGACAACUCCACCAAUUGUGCAGAGUUAUGCCCAGCCAAGUCUUCAGUAUCUCCAGGGACAGCAGAUUUUCACAGCUCACCCACAAGGAGUGGUGGUGCAGCCAGCUGCCGCCGUGACUACGAUAGUUGCACCAGGGCAGCCUCAGUCCUUACAGCCACCUGAAAUGGUUGUAACAAAUAAUUUACUGGAUUUGCCACCUCCUUCUCCUCCAAAACCAAAAACCAUUGUUUUACCUCCCAACUGGAAGACAGCCCGAGAUCCUGAAGGGAAGAUCUAUUACUACCAUGUAAUCACAAGGCAGACUCAGUGGGAUCCUCCCACUUGGGAAAGCCCAGGAGAUGAUGCAAGCCUUGAGCAUGAAGCUGAGAUGGACCUGGGAACCCCAACAUAUGAUGAAAACCCCAUGAAGACAUCAAAAAAGCCCAAGACAGCAGAAGCAGACACUUCCAGUGAGCUGGCAAAGAAAAGCAAGGAAGUAUUCAGAAAAGAGGUAAGGUUUGGAAGAUGUGGACUGCGUAGUCCUUGGACUUUACUUGAGCUUAGCUUGUAUCUUUUGCCCCAGAUUGCUGCUUUACCCAUCAAGAAUCCCAUAACUGGCUCUUACUGGAGCAAAAGGAGUCCAUCUGCCAACAUGUUUGCCAUUUCACUGUUGGCCUUCUGUAGCAUCUCAGACAGUGGAGAGCUGUCUGUAGUAUUAGACUUACUGUAGUGUCGGGGGCUUCCUUACUGAUGGGUGAUACGUUGGUAUGUCCCUUUACAACUAGGUAAACACUUUGGUAUCUGUUACAGCAGCCCUUGAUCUGCAAAAUUGGGACUAUUGUUCUUAUAAUAAGCUUUAAAGAUCAGAGAACCUCCGGAUCCUCUGAUCAAAUUGUAGUUCUCUUUCUUUGCUGUUUCCUGAUAGCGUCUUGCUCCAUCUUGACAAUAUGUCUCCACUGCACGUUUGUUUAUUUGUUGAGAGAGGGGUGCCAUGACGUGUGGAGGUCAGAAAACAACAUUUGGGUCCUGGCAAUCAAACUCAGACCCAUCUUAGUGACAUGUGCCUUGACUCAGUAAGCCAUCUUAGCAGCCUAGAUUAUCAACUCCAGAUUCCAUUCAUUGAAGGUUCAUAGUGUGUUAGUCACAGAGCUGUAAGGAGUGGCAUCUGGAAGAAGACUGUGUCACGACAGAGGCUGAUACUUAGCGUGUUAAGAGAGGCUCUUGAAUUUAGGGUAGAAACUGGCCAAAUGGAUCAGAAGGGAAGGUGAAGGUGGCAUGAGAAUAUACAGAAAGAAAGAGUGUCACCUCUUCAGGAAGUCAUAAGUAGCCCCUCAGUCUUGAGCACUGGUCAUGUGAGGGAUGUUGGAAAUAAGGCUGGACAGUAUUGUGCCCUUUCAUGUAGUGGCUUUGUGUCUGUGGGUUUAUGGAAUCGCUGGUGCUAAGUUGAGAAUAAUCAAAGCCUUGACUAAGUGUAGAGUGGGUUGAAGGGGGAAAAUAUGGAGGUCAGGCAACCACAGAAAACCCUGUGAGUAAAAGGUUUAUCCAGCCAGUUGUGACAGCUAAAACCAAAAAACUGUGCAGACAGAAUGGUUCCUCACUGUCCAUGUAUGGUGUUGGUUUUUCAGCUCAACCAACCCAAUCUAUGAUCCAGCCUCAUUCCUUGAAUAUUUUAUGGGUCACAGAGUUUUGGGGAUGGAGAGGCCUGUUCAGGUUACUUCCUUGAAGGUGGCCCCUUUUCUUCCCUUUCUCCCGUGACCCUAUACCGUAAGUCCUGAUCUGGGGACUCUUUGAAGAGCUGUUUGGUAGGAUAGGCCUUACAGAAACAGCCCAGAAGACAACAUUGGAGAUGGUGAUUGAAGAGCCCUGCCCUGUGUCAUCCUUCACUCAUGUUUCCAUGUGCUUUUGGUGGUUGUGAUCUGUGGAUUAAUGUGUAAUACUUAGAAACUUGAAGUAACCUUUACAGGCAACAAGCCUACCUGCAGUCCUGGUGUUGCAAUGCCCUCUGGUAACUCAAGUCUGCUACUCUGCCCUGCCUUGGCUCCAGGAUCCAGACAACCAAGAAACUGAACUAACACUUCAUAGGAGUCCACAGUGUUAGACAAGCCCUCUCCAAUUGAGCUAUAGCCCAGACAGGAGAAGCUGUUUAUGACAGAGAAACCCUCAUGGCCUAAUUACCUCUUAGAAGUCCCAACCUCUUAACACAAU